CGUACAUGUACAAAAAUACUUCACGUAAACCAUGUUCGCCACCAAUUGGUGGAUAAAUGUUAUCACAUCGUGUACGAUAAUAGUUACGAUCGGCUAUUAUUUUUGCGUGUCGACGUUUAAGAAAUGGGAAAAGCUCAACGUGCCUUACAUUAAACCAAUACCGUUUUUUGGAAACUUUUUGAAAGUAGCUAUAGGAAAGGAACAUCAUUUGGAAUUUUACGACAAAAUCUAUUACGAGUUCGCGGGUCACAAAUAUGGAGGACUGUAUCAGAUGAGGACGCCUAUUUUAAUGAUUCGCGAUCCAGAAAUAAUCAACGACGUGCUAAUAAAAGAUUUCUCGUAUUUCCCCGACCGUGGUUUUACCUCGGAUUUCGCGGCAAAUCCGUUGUCGAACAACCUAUUCUUAAUGGAAAAUCCUCAAUGGAAGACAAUAAGAAACAAAUUGUCCCCCGCUUUCACUUCGGGAAAGCUUAAGACCAUGUACGAUCAGAUCAAAGAGUGCGGUGAUGAAAUGAUGAAAAACAUCAAUACAAAUUUAAAUAAAAACAGCAACGAAAUAGAGAUAAGAGAUAUCAUGGGAAAGUAUUCGACUGACGUCAUCGGCACUUGCGCUUUUGGGCUCAAAUUGAACGCCAUAAACGAUGAUGAAUCGCCAUUUCGCAAGUACGGCAAAUUAAUAUUCAAACCUUCACUGAGAUCACUUUUCAGAGAACUGUGUGUGUUGAUUAGCCCAGCACUCUUGAAAAUCAUAAGAGUAAAAGAUUUUCCAACAGACGCAACUGACUUUUUCCACAAGGCGUUUAAAGAAACGUUGACAUAUAGAAUUGAAAAUAAAAUUGUCAGAAACGACUUGGUUAAUUGUUUAAUGCAAGCGAGAAAUGAUUUAGUUUUGAAUAAAGAUUUACCUGAACAUGAAAAAUUUACCGAAUCCCAAAUCGUGGCAAAUGCUUUUAUAAUGUUUGCUGCUGGUUUUGAAACUGUAUCCACUACUGUAAGUUAUUGUUUAUAUGAAUUAGCGUUGAAUAAAUCCAUUCAAGACAGAGUACGCCAAGAGAUUCAAUUAAAACUGGCCAAAAAUGAUGGACAUAUUAAUCAUGAAUUUUUGAUGGAUCUUAAUUACUUGGAUAUGGUUAUAGCAGAAACACUCCGUAAGUAUCCUCCACUGGUAUUUUUAUUAAGAAAAGCAUCACAAAAAUAUCGAUUUCCCAACGAUUCAUUAAUAAUUGAAAAGUACCAAAAGAUAGUAAUUCCUAUUUAUGCAAUACAUCAUGAUAGUAAGUAUUACACGGAACCUGAAAAGUUUAUUCCUGAAAGAUUUUCGGCUGAAGAAAAAGCAAAACGCCCAAGUGGUAUCUAUCUCCCAUUCGGUGAUGGUCCCCGAAUAUGUAUAGGAAAACGUUUUGCUGAGAUGGAAAUGAAAUUAGCUUUUGUUGAAAUUUUAACCAAAUUUGAAGUAACUUCAUGUGAAAAAACAGAAAUUCCACUAAAAUAUUCUAAAAAAACUUUGACAUUAGUGCCACAACACGGCAUUUGGCUAACAUUUCAAAUAAUUAAUUGACCAAGGAUUAUAGUAUUAAAAAGUAACUGAAGUUUUAAUUUAAAUAUUAGUUAAAGAAUUUUGAAUAGUAAUGGUCAGUUAUUUUAAUUUUUAAGUAUUCCUUUAUUUUUUUUACAUCAAU